AUGCUUGCCGCUGCUGUACCAGUUCAUCGCUGUGUACCUCUGCCACCCUCCUGCCAAGGUUGGUGUCCGUCCUCGAACUCUUCCUGUCACUACGCCUCACGCUGACAGGUUCCGAGUCUCACACAGGACCUUCCCCAGCGAUCACGGACGCACCCGCAUCAGUCUCUGCCAGACGGCUUGGACAACUGCCCUCUGUGUACGCUGCUUCUUCAACUCUCUUUGUUGGAUGGUUGACUAACUGCUCAUACCCUUGUAUGCAGCCCCCGCCCUACGCCUGCCAAGCGUAG